AUGGCAAAUUGUUAUGGCCAUGGACAUAUGUUGAUAGUGCGACGCCAAAGUUUCAUUCCGAGUUAUUUUUCUGUUUAUGAAUCUCAAUUACCAAUGGAAAAUGAAUAUUCUGCAUGUAAAUCGGAAGCAGCUGAUUCUGAACGAAGAGCUUCGCGCCUCUUUCUUUUGUACUCUGGAAACUUAACGCUUGAGAAUCAGAUUCAGACACGAUAUUUUACAUUUCCGCUCUGGAAAAAAACUGAGAAAUUUAUGGAGUCGGGGACGCAAACUACUCGACUUCUGAGCUCCGGCUUGGCAAGAAGGUUUUCCUGUAAUGUGAGCAAAAUGGCGUAUCGGAUGCGAAAUCGUAUGGUCUGCGAUGGAUAUUAUGGAUGCCCGGAAGAAACAUUUUCCAAGGAAAAGUCAGAAACUGGUAAGACGAACAUUUGCUUAGCAAUCAUGUUUGUAAGCAUAUGUCAUGAAAAUUAAUAGAUGAAAAAGUGCCUUAGUGGCAGUCUUAUGAAAGGCGAAAAAUUAAGUGAAGCAUAUUAUUUCUUUUGGGUUUUCAAAUUGUUUUUAAUUAAUGUAUUAUUUAUUUCCGUCUGUUUGGCAAGGCAUUUCCGAACUAGGUUUGAACCGCGGUAUUUCAAAUGUUCUGUCAGUUAUAACUUUAUAAUUUUGUUUCGAUUUUUUCCUGGGUAUUCGUAUGCAACAAAGAAUUUCAGAUCAAAAGAACACAAAACGAACACUCCCCUCCUACUGGCUAAUCUCGCUGUUUACAGUUAAAAUCAAAACAAAACUACCACAAACAGAGAAAUCUAUAUCUGCACCGCUUAAUCUAGACAGUUCGGUUCGUUUCAACAAUACAAGACUCGCAUACCACAAAGGAAACAUUCCCUUACAUAGUUUAUUUAGUCUUUUGUGAAAUGACUAAGAAACUAACAAAAAAAAAUUGUACGACCUAUGAUAUGAGGAUAAGAUAAGUAAUUCAGGAACAAAUUCCAAUUGGAGGAAACCAGUUGAAUACUAAAUCUGUGGAUUGUAUUGGCCCAGGAGAAUUUAUGAUACAGGUAGUUGUUUUUCGUUUUCACUGUAAUACCACAUAAAAACCAAAACAUUUGUAAUAAUGAAGUCGUGUUUGUGCCGUGUAAUGGAUGAUUUUUUUGUCUUAAGAAAACAAAAGGUUAAAUUGCAUUUUCUCAAAUUCCGGCCAGCUGGGUUUUGCGAUCCGGGAUUUUACCAUAGGUUUUUUUCUGUCAGAAGGACACACAGAAGGUGUCGGACUAGCCACUCAAUGAAUGAAUCGCUUUAAUCGGUUUAUUUUAAUGCAGGUGGGUCCUUGAAAAGAGGAAAGCCCGUCUGUAUUCUACCUUGGAAGAAACGGAAGAAGUGUCCAAAGCUAAAGAAAAAACAAACCUCAAGCAAAGGAACAUCGAAAAAAGAAUCCCAGACAUCCAAAGUGGACUGUGUCAUGUCAUCACUAGAACGAGCUAAAGUUUCUGGGAUCAAGAUUAGAAGUCAUGUGACCAGGUAUCAGCAGGGGAUUGGAACCAAAUCCCAUCCAGCUAUGUUUUACAGUUAUUAUAUUGCCAAGGGACACGCAGUGCAAUAUCGUAAAAUCUGCGCCCCAAAACGUCGGCCAUGCGACGGUUACUUUGGCUGCUGCGACGAUGGGAGUGUCAGAAUUAAAAAGACAGGUCAGCGUUAG